AUGGAAUAUGAUGCUCAAUUUUAUGCUCAAUUUUCAAUCGAUUAUGUUGGUAAUGAAAUCAACAAUAAAAAAUCAAGUAACGACAAGCCUGUUGAUUUGAAUAGUUCGGUUUUAUUCGAAGAAGCAAUAUUUAUUGGAUAUUUUCGAUCAGUCAAUUAUGAAUACAGUCCUAUUUAUUUGAUCGGGCGUCGAAAUGGUGAAUCUGUUUAUAGAUUGUCAAAAGAAGCCGCGAUCCAUGCUGGUGGUUCACGAACCAACAGUGUAGUUAUUCACGAUCCACCUUUAUUUCCUGAUAUCGUAUUAGAACAAUGUGGUUUAAAUCAAGUCGAUGUAACAUUGUGCAAAAAUUGUAAGCCCGAAUUUGCCGUACAAGAUAAAAUAUUGAUUGAAGCAUUUCUUUUUUUCAUAGAGUCCACGUUUGAACAUAGAAAUUUCAAAUCAAUGCUGUAUAUAUUGUUAAUAAAAACUACUUAACUUUUAUUCUUUUUUUUGUGAUUAUUCUCUAUUAUUGAUUCAAUAUUAUUUUUGUGUAUACAACUAGAUAUCAUUUGUAAUGCUUUUUUUCAGAUAUAUCCGAAACAGUUUAUCAUCGAUACUUCUUAUUCAUUAUUUAUGGCGUGUUCUAUCUUAUGUUCACUA